CAUAAUAACUAUUCCAUCUUACUCUCAAAAUAGUCAAGAAAAAAAGCACAAUAUAUCAGAGUUGAAAAAAGAAUAUAUGAAAGCUUUGGAACAUUUAGUUAAAAGAAAUAAAUUACUUGCAAUAAACUUACUUAGAGCGAAUUUUACUAUGAUUAUUGAAGCAGUAUUAUUGUAG